AUGUAUCAGCUACACUUGGUGGCCACUGUUCUUUUCAUUAUCACCUUAAGAGCGAAUGCAUUUAGUUACAAGAAUGCUAAAAAUUGGGGUAAAAAAUAUUCAAAAUGUAAUGGAAAAAAUCAAUCUCCCAUAUUUAUUAAAUCACCUAGCGUUAUGGGCUUUCCUGACUGGAAGAAAACACCACUCAAACUUACAAACUUUGAAAAGUCCCCAAAGAAAUUGACCAUAAAAAAUACUGGCCAUACUGUGGAAAUGACAGCCGAAUGGACUGGAGACGCUCCAAGUUGUUCUGGUGGACCCCUUCGUGGGAAAUACGUAUUUGGAAAAGCCACUUUUCUUUGGGACCCAAAAGGGUGGUCUCACUCGGAAGAAUUGGUCCCGAUGGAAAGACAGGAUAUGGAGAUGCAUAUGUUUUUUUAUAGAACAGAUUUGAAAUCAUUUGAUAAAGCAGAAUCAAAAAAGGGUGGUCUUGCAGUAUUCAGCCUGGAGUUCUCGAGUCGAUAUGACAAUCCCGAAAAUUUUCUGGAUAAAUUUGAAGGAAGUUUGCAUAAGGUGCGAUCCCUAAAAUCUACGGCAAAUGUACCUCCAUUUCCCUUGGCAAAUUAUAUUAAAAACAUGAGUAGUAUGGUUCCCUUUACUUUUUACGAAGGCUCGUUAGACUAUCCACCUUGCUCGGAAUCUGUGGCUUGGUUCCUAGUGGGGAAUCGUGGUGCAAUUCCCAAAAGCCUGAUUUUCAAUCACUUGUCGCUUCCCAAGGAUCGUCGGGGCGCACCUGGAGCCACAGCUGGGGGCCACAGCGUGGAAAACGAUAGCGAUGGUGAGCUGCGAGAUGCUGCUAUCAAAAUGGAAGUUGAACAACAGCUUCCCAUUGAUGUCUUUGCCUUGGAAGAUGUGGAUAUCGAAUACCUGAUUAUUCUGAAGGCAUAG